UAUUUUUUAUGCUCUCUUCAUUGAUAUUUUUUUAAACAGGGAGAUAACUCAGAGUGCUGGAAGAUGGUAUAGUUGGAUGGGCUGCCAUAGUUGUAGUAACUAAAUCCAGAGGAAUGGAUGUAGCUGGUGCUGUGGAUUCUGUUCUUGUGGGAGAAGAUGUUGGGAAGGUGUGUAAUAUGGAGGAGCCUUUGGAAAUACCUAUAAUUAGUGAUUUGACCAUGGUUUUGGGUUCCAUCUCUCAGUCGAAAGCAGUUAGUGUGGUCAUCGAUUUCAUCGACUUGUCAACAGUUUAUGACAAUGUGAAACAGGCGAUGGCCUUUGGCAUGAGGAGUGUUGUUUAUGUGCCGAGGAUUAGCGUAGAUACAGUGACAACAUUAUCUUCAUUCUGUGAGAAGGCCAGCAUGGUGAGCUUGGGGUUGUCUUGUUGCGCUGAUGCUCUCUGUUGGUUCUGUACUUCUUCAACAAGCCACUAUUUCAGCCUUGUUCCACUACAAAAAUGUAGAGAUUGUUGAAUCCGGACCUAAUGCAUCGGUAACUUGAAAUGAGGAGAAAAAUUGUAACAAAAACAAUAAACCUCAAGGUUUCAAUUCAAAUACUUGCUGUAUCUUUCUACCUGGUUAGU